CGAUUCUUAGCGCAAACUACGAGCCUUCGAGCUCAUCGGACCCCCCGCUGUCCCCCUCCAUGCAGCGCGCGUUCUCGGAGGCCUUUGCCGAUAUCUCGGAGCUGGACGACUCGUCGGUCGUGGUCAAGGUGGAGGGCGAGCAAAGCUGGCCGAAGUGCGAGGACAUCGACGCCUCGACCAGCCUGCGGAUGGCGACGCCACCCCCGACGACAUCGACCGACCACGGAGACAUGAACCCGUGCAUGAAAGACCAUGCCUCUUUCAAGGACCUUGCCGAAGCGAAGCGGGCGAGACGAUCGGCCAUUGAGAAGAAGUCGCGACAGAGACGGCAAAACAUUCUGAACCGCAUGCGAGAGGAAGUGAAGCAUUUGGAGACUGUGUACGCCGGCAUGGCCACCAAGAAGGAGGCAGGGGACUUGCCACAACGGCGAGUUCUCAGUAACUUCACCUCCGUUGAUGAGCUGCAGCAAAAGUACUCGGAGCUGACGCUCGUGGCUCAUGCACUGGAGGACGAUCAAGCUGCUCUUCGGAAGCUCCUGGAAGAACACGAGUAUUUCUACCAAACCGUGAGGGGUUUGUCGGAGAAGAGAUGCGCUGAAGACGCCUUCGCAAUUUGGGACAGUGGAAUUCCUCCGAGCUCGUCGUUCAAAGCGAAGUUCCGACCGCUUUCAAUGGCAGAGGGGUAUGCGCUGGUGCGGGAUUCCUACGACGAGAUCCGAAAGUUUACGCAGUGCGAGAACUACGAGACGACAGGGGCAAACUUCAUGGGCUGGACGGACAAACGCAUGUAUAACCCGAGCUCACAGGUGUUGCAGUACGGGUUCACCAAGCAGUUCCCUUUUGAAAGCGCCGAGAGUCUGUUCACCAAGAGCUGGAACACGUUCCUGGACGGCCCGAAGCUCGAGAAUCUGGCCUUCGACAGUUCUGCACAAACUCGUUUUGAGGUGCUGCAGGUGCUGAACGAUGACCUCCUCGUGAUUCGUCGAGACCACAGAACAGCAGCGUACCCGAUGACGUUCACCUCGGUCCAGAUCAUGUUUCGACUGCAGACACCUACAGGAUACAUGUUGUGCGUCCGGACGAUAUCGUCACCAGAGAUUAAAAAUGCGCUGGAGCCCCACGAGUUCUCCUUCGAAGUCUUUCACUGGACACACUGCAACCGCUUGUUCGAUGAAUAUGACAAUCCAGCAGGCUGCGAAAUCGUGACGGCCGGGACUAUUACGGACAUGAACAGGCUGAGGUCCAACUACUGGUUGUUCGAGAUCGUUUGCAGCGUGCUGCGCUGGGAAAGCACCACCAUUGCGCCGCUGUUUCUCCUGCAAACUUAA